AUGGGUGACCUUGGCGUUGACCUUGAGGACCUGAAGGAGAACAGGUUUGCGCACCUUCUGAAGCCCAUCCGUGACCUGCAAGAUAGCUUUAACGUUAACUUAGCACAUGAACUUGAAGAAUACCUGGAACAGCUCGAAAAUGCGCAGUUCGCCUUCGAGGGCGCCCGGCACGUCAUGGUGGACUUUGCCGAGGCAGCCCUCGUCAUCCAGGCCAGCACCAUGGUGUUCUCGAAAAAGGUGGAACAUCUAUACAACCUGACAUACCAAGCCAUCGAGGCGGUCAAAGGGCGGAGACGGCAACCUGGCCAGGGUGAACUACCCGAUGGGGACAACCCUACACAGCAAGCAGCAGGCCCACGGGGGCGCGCUGCGCGCGUUGCCCAUGAGUACGAGGAGGACACCUUGGAGAACGUUUGGAUUACGGAACCCUUCCUGGAAGAAGCCGAUGACAUCGACCUGGCGCACGGCGACGACGUAAUGCCCACUGCUGGCGCUUCCAUACGCCCGCCCGCCCUACUACUAGCUUUGGAUGAUCACGGACAGGGAGCCGCGAGCACUGGCGGCAAGGGCGACGGUGACUCUGGCGUGUACCGGCUGCAGCAGUGCUUUGUGCACUGCUCCGGGGCAUUGCUUCUCGACCCACGUGACGGCGAUCUGUAUGAUAUCAAGCUCAGAUUCAUUGGGCUCCAACCCAAGCACGAUAAAGGCCUGGAGCAGCUGAUUGACGCGCACCGAUGGGAGCAACCCACCCAGCGGAUGCAGCAGCCAGCCACACAGCCUCACAUGCCCGGCCCUGCGGCGCAGCAACCGGCGGUUGCGGCAGCGCCGGGGCAAGACCUGGGCGUGGCCAUGGAUGUAGACCCAGGGCCGGUCGCGGACUACAAUGACGAUGACGAUGGGG